AUGGAACCAACAUCUACAAAAACGAAGAAAGGUGUGGCCACCUCGUGCAUGUACUACAAAGAAUAUCAUAACUUUGCACCUGAUGCUAACCGUACACAACAACAAAUUAAAUGGUGGAAUCGUUUAAAAUUUUCAAUCUUUAAAUCGGAGAGAUCCCUCGGUCAAGUCAAACCUUUUUUAAUUAAUGAGCACUCGUAUGUGUACAAAAAAAUUCAACAUGCAGUUGAACGAAGUUCACAACAUAUUAAAUGCAAUUGGGAAAUUGAAAACGAUAAAACCCUUCGCAAAAGGAUCAAAAACUGGAAACGCCGUGUCAAAAUGCGCAACAAGAAAAAGAAAAGUUUACCUACUUUACCAGAUAACUUUACUGGGAAUGCUUUAUCCUUUUACUUUAACACAUACAAUAUUAAUCUCUUUGCUUAUAAAGUGCGACGACGCUUUGAUUUAUCUGGUAUCCCUGAUUUCAAACAUGGUUACCUUAAAGCGAAAAGACGUUAUCUUAAAUAUCAAAAUAGUUUACGCCCACGCUCACCUCCAAUAGUUGAGGACAAGGUCAUUGAAACUAAUAACAAUAAUCAAGCCACUUUUUUUUCAGAUAAACUUAUUAUGGAUUUCCAUAGAGCUCAUUUUGCUCCUAUUACUCCUACUCCUCAACAACACUAUCCUUCUACGCCCGAACCUGAUUAUUUUCAAUCGAUCAAAGAUGGUGACGAAAGACCCAUUAGGAAACCAAGAAAAUGA